AUGAUGGGUAGCAGCAAGAUGAGUGAAGCCGACCACCAACCCGAUCCCCGGUUCAAGUCAGAACGCCAACAGCUACUAUCCGACCCGGAGCAGCUCAUCAUUCUCACGGUCCUCAACGAUGACGAUGAGGAAACAGGGGAUGCAAUCGUGCUGUAUCACCUUGUUGCCUGUUUAUCGACGGCACUAGCGACAUUAGCAUGGCGAUACAAGAUCUACAUCUUGAACCACUGGUGCCGAAGUACGCCGAACUUCAUUGUCUAUAGCACCUGCUUCCCAGGGCAACUGUUGAAAACUUAUAAGAUCACGUAUCUGGAGAUGCUCCUAAGGGGUCUCAUUUUUGAGUAUCAAACCUUUAAGCUUUUAAUCCUAGGGCGACGCGGAUGUCUGAGCAAGUGAUCACAAGGGUGGGGCUUCGUGAAUUUCGCGGCGCGAGAAUAUGGUGUGACCAACACAAAGCAUUUUAAAUAACGGCUACCUGUAGGUAUGGCGUGUGGUGUAUUCACCACAUUGUCUUGCUUAUAUUAAGUGCCCCAUUUCUCUGAAUCCGCCACCACUCGAUGCCGAUCCUUUAUAUAGAG